AUGCUGCCCUCUGAUGUUUGUGAAAUGAAUUGCUUUUAGGAAACUGCUCAAAGUUAUGAUUUUCUGAAAAAACAGCCUUCUGAUAGUAUGCACCUGACGGUAGCCUGUGGUAAAAGGUUGGAAGAGACUGUUAUUAUGUUGAGAUCAGCCGUUAUUUUCAGCAUCAAACUUCUUCAAAUUCAUAUUUUUGCAGAGGACCCAGUACACAGUGCCUUCAGAAAACUACAUGAUGGUUUGGCAUAUCAAGGAAAAUCUAAUUGUAUUUUAUACCGCAUCAGUUAUUCCAACAGUUUCUUCCAUUCUGCGGAGAAUGCAGCAGAAUGGAAGAAACUGUUCAAGCCCUGUGCUUCUCAAAGGUCUUUUUUCCCAGUAAGUGAUAGUGAUGUGGACUUCUUGCUCAGUGUUGACACAGACAUCUGAUUCUUAAGAUGAUAUUUGUUCUCUCCUUCUUUCAGUUCUACUCAAGUUGCUGCAAUGGCACCUGAAAAUGAGGAGCCUCACAUUGGGUUGGUAUAAUCAUUUGCUAGGCACCCAUAUUAUGGAAAAACUGGAAUAAAUUCUGGAGUAAUGUUAAUGAAUAUAACCCGCAUAAGAAGAAAGUAUUGCAAGAAUGAUAUGGCAACAGCAUGGUUGCGGUGAGAAGAAAUUCUCACGCCACUGUUGGGGAAAAAGUUGAAUAUAACAUGGGGUGAUCAGGAUCUUCUGAACAUUAUGUUUUUUCAUAAUCCAGGCAACCUUUUUGUUUUUCCUUGCCAGUGGAACUAUUGGCCUGACCACUGUACUUAUGGUAGCAAUUGGCAGCAGGCUGAAAAAGAAGGAAUAUUCAUCCUUCAUGGCAACAGAGGUGUUUACCAUGAUGAUCAACAACCAGCUUUUCAAGCUGUAUAUAGCGCAAUAAAAAAGUAUUCAUUUGGUGAUGACCUGGUGCAUGCCUUGUGGCUACCCCUUGAACUAGAACUACAAAAGACACAGCAUACUUACUCUGGAAGAAAAUACGAAGUAUUCACAAAGCAGCUAACAAAAAGCAUAGGAGACAAUUGCAACAGACGAUCUAAGGGAAGGUGA